AUGGCAUCUCACGAUCAAAACAAUGUCAAUUAUUCCGGUCUGUCUGAUUCAAAAAGGCCGAUAGCUAAACAGAAUAAUACAUCCAUGUCAAAUUUACAGGCCGCUGCAGACCCUACGAAUGAUCCAUUCUAUGGACUUUCCUUUAAAGUUGGUGUUGCAGAAAAUAAGAAUGUAACUUAUAGAGCCAAAAUGGAAGAUGUUCAUACUUAUGUUGCUAAUUUUGCUGAGAAAUUGGAUUGGGGUUAUUUUGCUAUAUUUGAUGGACAUGCUGGUAAACAGACGGCAAGAUGGUGUGGGAACAAUUUGCAUACCUUGCUAGAACAUGAAAUUGUAUUUAAUGAAGAUGGUAAUUCUAAUAAUCUAUCAAAUCAAGGGAAUGAGGUGGAUAAUUCUGCGCCGUUAUCCAGUAAAUGUUUCAUGCAAGAUUAUUUGAAUACCACGUUUACUAAGGCAGACGAACUUAUAGAAAAAGAAAAGAAUGGCUCAUCAGGAUGUACUGCUGCCGUAGCCGUUCUCAGAUGGGAAACUGAUGAUUCGAAAGAACCAGCAGAAUUGGCUCACCAACCUGAAAAUGACGCUGCAUUUGACUUUAUACCAUCACCAAACCAUAGGAGAAUGCUAUACACUUCCAAUGUUGGUGAUCUGCGUAUCGUUUUAUAUCGAAAGGGAGAGUCUUAUCGCUUGACAUAUGACCACAAGGCAACUGAUUCAAAUGAAGUAAAUAGAAUAAGAGAUUCCGGCGGUUUAAUAAUGAAGAAUAGAGUAAACGGUGUCUUGGCCGUUACAAGGUCAUUAGGUGAUUCGUACAUGAAAGAUUUAGUAAUUGGAAACCCAUUCACUACUGCAACUGAAAUAACGGAUGAAGAUGAGUUUAUGAUUUUGGCAUGUGAUGGGGUAUGGGAUGUUAUAUCUGAUAUAAAAGCCUGUCAAUUUGUAGCAGAAACAUUUAAAAGAGACGGGAGUGAUCCACAACUGGCGGCAAAGAAACUAUGUCAAUUAGCCAUGGAUAAUGCAACUACAGACAAUGUCACUGUGAUGAUUGUUAAGUUUGAUAGAAAUGUAUUUGCUUCUCAACAAAAUUCUGCUUAA